GGCUUUGACUUUAAUGAAAACAAAGUUAAAAGGGGCUCAAACAGGGCACAGUUUAUUGAAACGUAAGAGUGAAGCUCUCUCAAAACGUUUUAGAAGUAUAGUUCAAAAGAUUGAAGAUGCUAAGCAGAAAAUGAGUAAAAUAAUGCAAACUGCUUCAUUCUCGUUGGUUGAAGUAGCUUAUAUUGCUGGUGAUAUUCAUUAUCAGGUUCAAGAGAGUGUCAAAAGCGCACAAUUUCGAGUUCGCACAAAACAAGAAAAUGUGUCUGGUGUUAUGUUACCUACAUUUGAAUGUUAUAUGGAGGGUGCUAAUGCUUUUGAACUAGCUGGUCUUGGACGUGGUGGUCAGCAAAUUAAUAAGUGUAAGGAAACAUAUAUUAAAGCAGUUGAAACUUUAGUAGAAUUGGCUUCAUUGCAGACAGCUUUUGUUAUCUUGGAUGAAGUUAUAAAGAUGACCAAUCGCCGUGUUAAUGCAAUUGAAUACGUUAUCAUACCUAAAAUAGAAAAUACUAUAAAAUAUAUUGUUUCUGAAUUAGAUGAACAAGAUCGUGAAGAGUUUUUCAGAUUAAAAAAAGUGCAGGGUAAGAAUAAGAAAGACCAACAGGCAGCCGAGAAGGAGCGUGCGCUUGUGAGCGAAAACUCGUCAGAAUAUGCACAACCCGCGGAUAUAUUGGAAAGCAAUGACGAUAGUGAUCUUAUUUUUUAA